GGUUGCUAAGGUCAUGGCUGAAGGCGAACAAAAUAUGAAUUCUGAGUCAACUAUCGAUAUUUAUCGAGACACUCCCGUUCGGUUAUUAGGUUAUGCUAAUGAAGUAGGAGAGUCUUUUAGAGCUCUAGUCCAUGUGAAUGCAGUGAGAGCAAGUUAUGUUGUAGCAUUCUCCUAUGUGUUUGCAGACACUGCUGAUAAAGUUAAAAAGAAAGACAAGAUAUUGAAUCCCAAUGAUCCAAAAAGAAAUACCCAACUUGUUACAUCAGCUAUAGAUACCUUAGUCUGGCAGACUUUAGCAUCUGUUGCCAUUCCAGGUUUCACAAUCAACAGGCUGUGUGCUGGCUCACUUUUCUUGUUAAAGAAACAUACCAAGUUGCCUUCUGCUACCAGAAAAUGGACAACAGUAGCUAUUGGUUUAGGAAGUAUACCUUUCAUUGUCAAACCUAUCGAUCAUUUAGUUGACACUAUCAUGAAUUAUUCUUUUAGAAAAUGGUUUUGAUUCAAGUCCAUUUUCAUAUUUAAUAUAACAUAGAGAUACUAGAGUUUUGUGAAUAAUUUUAAGAAGUGGAUUCACAAGAUUGGAAUUCAAGAUUUGUUACCUACGAUUUUCAAUCAUUUAUAAUAACAUUUUGAUAUGAUAUUAAAUUUAUUAUGGUGGCUUAACAUGUUCAUUGCCAAUUUUGUACCAGAGUGUGAUGAUAAAGAACUCC